AUGGCAAGUCCCUCCGCGGGACGUCCGUCCCGGACCGCCACGCAUUACGAGGUCCUCGACCUGCAGCCGGCGCUCCUCGGCGCCGCGGAGCCGCACGACAUCGCCACCCUCAUCAAGCGGGCGUACCGCCGGGCGCUGCUGCGCAACCACCCCGACAAGGCCGCGCAGUCCAGCGCGCCCACGCUCACAGUCGACCAGAUCGGCGAGGCCUACGCUGUGCUGUCCUCCCCGCCGCGGCGCAAAGAGUACGACGCGGGGCUGCGCGUGGCAAGGAUCGCCGGCGGCAGCCGGGACGACGACGACGAGACAAAGUUCCACACGGGCAUUGAGAAUGUCGACCUUGAUGACCUCGGCUUUGACGAGGCGGGCCGGCGCUGGUACCGGUCGUGUCGGUGCGGCAACGACCGCGGCUACUCGUUUGAGGAGGAGGACCUCGUCGAUGCGAGCGAAGACGGCGUCUUAAUGGUGGGGUGUCAGGACUGUAGCCUCUGGCUCAAAGUCCACUUUGCCGUGGUGGAGGAGUAA